CGUAGCGGCUUCAUGUAGCAGUUGCAACUGCUGCGUUACUUCUGCUGGACAGUAUUGCUACGCGCAGCAUGUUCUGUAGUGGCCGCCAUUUUUGUAGGUGCAAAUAUGUUUGUGUACAAAUCGCCGUAUUCUUUGCUUGCUAAACUCUGUUUUUUAAUUAUUUAUAAAAAUGGCAAAAAAAGUGUCAAAGUAUUAUAAUUGGGACGGUAUUAUUGUAGAAAUAACAGACACUGAAGAAAUACACAACCAAAUUGAAAAUGAUGGGAAUUUUGCCACCGCGUACUUCACUAAUGCAAAAAAAAUAGUUUUAAAGUCGGAUACAAUCAUUGAUUUUACAUUAAUGACUGAUGAUUGUCCAUCUACAUCAAUGACUGAUGAUUGGCCAUCUACAUCAAUGACUGAUGAUCGGUCAUCUAUAUCAAUGACUGAUGAUCGACCAUCUACAUCAAUGACUGAUGAUCAGCCAUCUGCAUCAAUGAUUGAUGAUCGACAAUCUGAAAAAGAAAAGUUAAAUAAAGAAGAUACAACCAAAGAAAAUAAGAUAGUUAUUGCAGACGAUGAUUCAACCAUAGCUGAUUGGAGUGAUCCAGCCACGAAAUUAUUGCUCGCAAGUUAUUUCGAACGAAAAUCGAAAUUUCGUGAUCCGACGAAAAGAAAAAAAGACUUAUGGAGAGAAAUAACAGAUGUAUUCAAUAAACAAGGCUAUAUCAUUUCGAGUAAUGCUUUAGGCAAGAAAUUUCGAAAUCUGAAGACCAGAUACAGUACUAUAAAAAGAAAUAACGAUAAGAAAAGUACAGGAAAAGGUCGUAUCAUGUGGAAGUGGUAUAAAGAUAUGGAAGAAAUUUUCCACGAGGACAAGUCGAUCAAUUUUGAUAAAGCGAUAACUAGUAUGGAUCAAGAAGAUUCGAAUGCGGUCAACAAUGUUACAGAUGAAAGUGAAAUUUUGGAUUUGUCAACAGUCAAUAGAAGGUUUAUUUCAGCAGCAUUGUUAUUUUAUUUUUCCAAGAACUGUUUAACUGCUCUUUAUUUGUGUUUGAGUGUGUUCGUAGUGCUACGUAGCGCUAACUUUGGCAGAACACACCCAAUAAGUGAGGUUAAAAAGUUAUUGGAAAACAUGGAUAAUAUAAUGGAUUUUGUAAUGAAUGAGUUUAUAGCAGAUAUUGAUGAAAAUAUCAACUUAGCUGGAGAAAUGCUCGUCCAAUUUCCAGGUCAAGAAGAUAUUGCUGGAGAUAUUCAAGAUGCAUUACUCGCUUUAGGUGAGAAUGAAGAUAAUGCAGAUAACCUUCUGCAUAUACAUCCACGUGAAAAUGGGCUUGUCAGGAAUGACGACUAUGUUGAAGAUAUUAUACCGCAAUAUAACGAUCAAUAGUUUUACUCUCAUUUCAGAAUGUCGAGGGGAACAUACAUGGAAUUAGAAAAUACAUUAAUGCCAUUAAUGGUCGAAGAUGAUAUUCCUUUCACAAAAAAAAUACUACUAUCUAUAUGGAUAUUGGCAACACCUGAUAGUUUUCGAUCUGUCGCUGACAGAUUCGGAUUACCGAAAACUGCUGCUUACAAUGCGUUUUCAGAAGUAGUAAAAAUUUUGAAAAACCUUAUGAGAGAAUAUAUAAAGUGGCCGAAUGCUGAUGAUUAUGUAGAAAAUAGUACUGUUUUCUAUAGACGAUCUAGAGGAUUUCCAGGUGUAAUCGGAGCAAUCGAUGGGUGUCACAUCCAAAUUAAACAACCCCCGGGAAAUGCAAAUGAUUACUACAAUAGAAAAGGAUUUCACUCUAUUAUUUUGCAAGGUACAUGCGAUCAUUCUGGCAAGUUCAUCGAUGUUUUAAUUGGUCGACCAGGUCGAGCCCACGACGCAGCUGUUUUUCG